AUGCCUGCCUCCCGUGAAGACUCCGUCUACCUUGCCAAAUUGGCCGAACAAGCCGAGCGCUAUGAGGAAAUGGUCGAGAACAUGAAAGCCGUUGCCUCGUCUGGACAAGAAUUGUCCGUCGAGGAGCGUAACUUGUUGUCGGUAGCCUACAAGAACGUCAUCGGUGCCCGCCGUGCCUCUUGGAGAAUUGUUUCUUCCAUCGAGCAAAAAGAGGAAGUCAAGGGAAACGAACAACAAGUUUCCUUGAUUAGAGAGUACCGCGCCAAGAUUGAGGCUGAAUUGACCAAGAUCUGUGAAGACAUCUUGUCUGUCUUGACCGACCACUUGAUCACCUCCGCCCAGACCGGUGAAUCCAAGGUCUUCUACUACAAGAUGAAGGGUGACUACCACCGUUACUUGGCCGAGUUUGCCAUCUCCGAGAAAAGAAAGGACGCAGCUGACUUGUCUUUGGAGGCAUACAAGUCUGCUUCCGAUGUCGCUGUCACUGAGUUGCCACCAACCCACCCAAUUAGAUUGGGUUUGGCCUUGAACUUCUCUGUUUUCUACUACGAAAUCUUGAACUCCCCAGACAGAGCCUGCCACUUGGCCAAGCAAGCCUUCGACGACGCUGUUGCCGACUUGGAAACCUUGUCCGAGGAUUCUUACAAGGACUCCACAUUGAUUAUGCAAUUGUUGAGGGAUAACUUGACUUUGUGGACCGACUUGUCGGAGGCUCCAGCACAACAAGAGGAGCAAGAAGCGCAAGCCAGUGAGUCUAAGCCUGAGGAAGAAUAG